CAAAGACAGCGUGGAGCUUCCUUUUCUAGCAAAGUGAAGUGAACUAGCUGACCUAGCGGCUGGGUGCGAGGAAUGCUGCAGUGCACUCUACGUAGAUAUGGAAGAACCGGCCCUGAACAUGUUUUCAGUGCGCAUCGUCACGGCGGAUUAUUAUAUGAGCAGUCCGAUCAAAGAGCUGGACGUCUGUUACUCUGAGUUCAGAGAAAGCGAUGUCAAGAAAGUGCCCGUGGUGCGGAUUUUUGGGGCCACACCAGCAGGCCAGAAGACAUGUCUUCAUCUGCAUGGUAUGUUUCCAUACAUCUAUGUGCCGUAUGAUGGGUUUGGAAAGGAUGCAGAUCGUUACCUGCGGCAGGUGGCCUACAGUAUUGACAGAGCCCUGAAUGUCAGCAUGGGAAACCCCUCGUCUAAUGUGCAGCACAUCUUUAAAGUGGUUCUGGUGUCUGGCAUGCCUUUCUAUGGAUACCAUAUGAAGGAAAAAACCUUUAUGAAGAUUUACCUAUACAACCCACAGAUGGUCAAAAGGGUGAGUGAACUCCUGCAGGGUGGAGCUGUAAUGAAUAAGAGUUUUCAGCCCCAUGAAGCUCACAUUCCAUUCCUGCUGCAGCUCUUUAUCGAUUACAACCUCUACGGCAUGAACAUGAUCAGUCUUGCUGCUGUUAAGUUUCGAAUAAACCAUGCAACAGUAGGAGAGCAUUUGUCAAAUAGGGGGGGUAGUAGCUUCAGCCCAAAAACUCAGUCUAAACUCAGUGAAGGCAGACUGAGAGACGCAGUGCGCUGGGAGUAUGACAACAUACCGAGUUCUCUUAUUUUAGAGGAGGUGGAGCGGAUGAGUGUGUGUGAGCUGGAGGUUGAUGCCGUGGCUGCUGAUGUUCUCAACCGCCUAGAGAUUGAGAAUCAGAUUGGGAGAAACCCUGGUCUUCAGGCCAUCUGGGAUGAUGAGAAACAGCGACGACAGGAGAGAGGUCAAAGUUCUCAUAUAGACAUGCCUGAAUCACAAGAUCGAGGCUUUCUAGAAUUUGCAGAGAGUGAAAAAAUCUUCAUGAAGAGAUUCAAAGAAAUUCUCAAGGAAAAUGAAUUUGACAUGACUCAAACUGGGUCUGAAGUUGACUCUUUCCCUGAGCUCUCACUUUAUGCUGCUGUGUUAAGCCCAGAUGACUUGCCUUGCAUACCUGCCAGCCAAGUGGAUGUGCAUCGAGAUGCAUUUAAAGACGCAAAAAGACAUGGUGGGAAAGAUGCUGAAGUGGCAGUUGUUGAUGAAGAGGCCAUUUUGAGUUUGUUGGAAAACAGCCAGACCUUCCUCCAUUCUCAUGGACCCAACCAAUCAGCAGUACUUGACAGCAGUCAAGACCAGGCUAUGAUUGAUCUGUUUGAAGCAUUGGCUGAUGAUGGAUUUAGAGUCGACAGAUCCAGAACAGUGUCCCAGCAGCUGUCAGGCAUUGCUAGCUGCAUGUGUAACAGUGAUGAUGAGGAAGCUGGGCCUGAGCUGGAGAAAGAAGAGUCAGAACUCAGUAUAAUCAUGUCCCAAAGAUGGGACUGUGACAUGCCAGGACCCUCUGCUGGGCAAAGAUUAUGUAUGAAAGAAUCAAAUGAAAGCUCCAGUGAAGAGCAGCAGGCUUCAUCAGAUGAAGAGAUAUAUUGGAAGGGAAACAGUGCUGUUCUUAUUGAUCUGUCCAUUCCACAGUUGGAUGGAGCUGCAGAUGAGAAUAGUGAUUCAUCACUAACAGACAAGGAAUCUCGGACACGCUCAUCUCUAAAAGCAACAGACAAGAUCCUUGGAAGCAGAAAUGUUUUUGGAAAUGAAGCUGUUAAGUAUGGAGCCACCAUCUUCUGCUAA